AUGCGGCCUGGUUUCGGACCACAAGAGAAGGGCAGGGACAAGAAUAUAAUAGUACCGCGAAUUUUAGUUACUUCGGUAACAGGUGUAGUACCAGUGAACGAAGCAGAGACACCGGUCAAGGAUUUCUCUGAAAAUAUUGGGCAUUCGGCAUCUACAUUUCCGCAUGCCGUCGCACCGGCAGACCAUUCAGAUUCUGAUCAAGUUGUCAUUCUCUCAAUCUCUGAACCGGAAACUCGUGCUCUGCCAUCGCUUCUAGACACAACAUCUUCCGAUACGUCCAGAAUUACAACAGAAGCAACAGAAGAACUAUUCGUGCCUUCUGCUGCGACAUUCACAGCACUUAAACUAAUCUCUGAUCCUAGUAUUCCACCAUCGCCUUCUCUUGUUUCCACAUUUGACUCCACGAUUACCAGACCUCCCCCACUUCUUUCAUCAUCCGCUGUCUCAUUAUCCGCCGCGGAUAGCUUCUUAACAAGCAGUACAUCAACGAAGCAAGCAGUGACUGAGGCGCUAGCCGCAGGCGAAGGCUUUGCGCCUCGAGUACUACAUUUGGAAGAUGGAGCCGAAACAUCCCAAGGAUCACUUGUACCUCUUCGAAAACAAUCCCGUAACAGCAGUGAAACCAACGUAAUGGUAGUUGCAUCUGGUGCCAGUCAACAAGCUUUAAAGUCUGCUGCGCAUAUUUCGCCAACAAGCUUCCCACCGAAAGCAGUGCCUCCAGACAACGACGCCAGCUUUUCAAAUUCUGUUCCCCUUCGGCCUCUGUCUGAAGUUCUUGAUGAGGAGGAAAAUGCGAAGAGGUUGCCAGAGGAUUCUGGAUUCGACGCAGAUAAUGGCAUCGAUGCUGUUGCUCUGGUAAUUUUGAAAUGCCAUUCCGAAAGUCUUAGCGUCCACCGCCUUGUAGAAUACUAUGAUGAAGGAAGCGCUUAUUCGGAACAACUGAAGGGAGAAGUAAGCACUGAGCAACUCCGAGUUCCGAAUGCGUCGUCAGAACAAAAUGGUUCACCGGUUGUUUCCUCGCUGCAAGUGUCCGUACCAGCAAGUGAUCUCGAAAUGGAAGAAGCUUAUGCGGAGACACAAAGUACUGAUGCAGUCACGAGUGUAGCUGUAUCUGCGACGACCUACAUUCCAACACUUGUCACACAAUCAACACAAGUGAGCGCUGCUGCUGCUCCAGAUACUAUUGCUACCGGUUUGCUUUUAUGCAUUUUUGAACAUUUGUACAAAUUAAAAGUUAAAAGAGAAUAUAGGAGAAAAAGGAAAUGA